CGGACCAUUUGGUUUACACAGACGACCCAUUUCUCCUGCUUCGAACCUGGAAGGAAGCCAUGGUCGGUGGUCACCGUUAUAUGGUCAGCCACUUGGCUCCGAACUCCACACUGAUACACAUUCUUCCAUAUUUUAUGAGUGGAAGAAACCUGUCAGCAUUGUUGUGGCUAUCCACCCUAGGACAUUUACCCUGGGCUAUUCUACCCUGGGCUGUGUCGUCUCGGUCCUAAUUAUCCCGAUCCGUACUUCUUCGGGCUGCAUGACCUCGGGCUGUAUGACCUCGGACCGCUUGACCCUGACUGGACUAAGGCCUGCACUACAUCGAGCUUCUGAUAUACAUAUGUGCAAAGUUUUAUUUUUGAUUGAUUGAAUUUGAAUACAUAUAUAGAUGGAAAAUAUAUAUUGAAA